AUGCAUCUCAGAUUGCUGAAGAUCUUGCUACUGCUGUCUUUUGCGUCUGCACACCGCAACCGGAUCAUUGGAGGGGAGGAAUGCAGUGUGGACGAGCAUCCUUGGAUGGCACUGAUGUUGGACAUAAUUGGGCCCUAUUGCUCUGCAGUGUUGCUCAACCAGGAUUGGGUGAUCACCGCCGCUCACUGCUACAAAAGUGAGAUGGAGAUAAGGCUUGGAGAACAUGAUAUAAGGGUGUCCACAGGGCGCGAGCAGAUCAGGAAGUACAAGAAUGGCUGCUUCCACACUAGAAGCCAAACAGCUUUACCUGCCGACAUCAUGCUAAUCCAACUGAACAGCUCCGUUGAAUUCAACGAGUAUGUGGGCCCCCUUGCCCUGCCUACCAGCUGUGCUUCUGUGGGGACAAAGUGCGAAGUAAUGGGAUGGGGCACCAAGACCACGACGGAAGUUACUUAUUCUGAUGUUCCUUACUGUGCUUCUGUUAAAAUAACCUCGGAUGAGGAAUGUCAGGCUGCUUAUCCAGGGAGCGUGAAUGAGAACAUGGUGUGUGCCGGGGACGAGGAAGAAAGCAAAGGCGCCUGCAAGGGUGACUCUGGGGGACCCCUUAUCUGUAAUGGAAAACUCCAGGGCAUUGUAUCUUUUGGGAAAAAACCUUGUACGAAUCCGUCAUACCCUGCUGUCUACACCAACAUCUGCAAAUAUCUCAACUGGAUCGAGGCUGUUCUUGCAGGAGAUCAAUCUCAGUGCUUUCCCUGA